CUUGAGGCCAAUGACUUCUUUGGCAGAGAUGAAGUUACAUUUUCUGACAAUUUUUUACUAUCUUCCUGUGGCAGCACAGAAGCUCUGGAAUUUGCACAGACGAAGUUGGCUCCUUUUGGAAAGGUGCAGAAAUAUGUUGAAAAACUUGAAGACUUCAUGGCUUUAUUAGCUUACAAUGAGCCAGAAAAGUCGCCCAUGUUUCAUCUAUUAAGCUGGGAGUACAGGCAGCAAGUUUCCGAUAGUUUGAAUAGAGCAAUACUUGCAAAUUCCAACCUCCCCAGCUAUUCUGCAGUUGAAAGGUUGAUACAGCAGACAACUGUUGUAAGACAAUGCUUAAGUCAAGAAUCCAGUAAGGAAGGGCAUCCACCAUUUUCUUUGAAAGACUUUAUGAAGAGCUAGGUGAGCCAAUUUAGGAACAUGUUUCCACUAAUCACAGGAGCAAUUACUGCAUCUUGAAUUCCACUGACAGCU